AUGUACCUGGGCAGUGUAGGGGGUGCUGUUUUGGGCGUGCAUUUUUUCAACAAGGAAGGGAACUUCGGGGCCUGUAUCCGGGCCCUGGGGAAGCUGGUGCUCUACGCCUGCGACCGGUUGGCCUACGCCUGGUCCGAGCUCAAGUUCAAUUGGAAGGCCUGGAGGGUGUACGAGCGGAGCUUCAAGAAGCUGGAGAGCCUGGACAAGGAGAUGCAGGUGUCGAAGAAGAUCAAGGCGUGGGACCAGCAGUACCAGGUGUCCACCAACCUGAACGGGUGGUGGCGGAAGUUCCAAACCUCGGCCAAGGGCCUGGAGGAGAGCUUGAAGGAGCAGGCGGUCUACUGGCAGCGCACCCAGCGGCUCAGGGACGAGCAGCGGCAAGCGCAGAUGAUCCACCAGGAGAUUCAGCGGCAGCAGGAGAGGGAACGGGCCCGGCAAAACGGGGGGGGGGUAAGCGGAGGGGCCUUUCAAUCCACCAGCGUCGAGACCGAGGCCCGGCGUCGCUUCGACCCGAGUCGGAGCAAGGCGAAGGAGCGCGGGGCCAAGGUCGAGGGGAGCCUCUGA